AUGGCCACGAGAGCAGGAGCCUCAGUGGAGUCUUCACUGCUGGUGGACAGGUUGCCCCUUGUCAAUGAAGAGCUCGCCGUGGUACUGGUGGCAGCGGCGGCGUAUGUUGACCGGGGCUACUGGCAGAAGACUGAAGAGAUCGGCUUGAUGGACAGGAUUCGCGAGCGUGCCCUCGUGGCCGGCGCCGAUGUUCCGCCAGAUUCCAGCAGCCGACGCGACGGGGAGAACGGUGCUAGAGGCAGUGUGACAUCGGCCGUGCCCUGUGACCUCUUCAACCGAACCGAGUGGAGCUGCUGGCUGUUGUGGCCACUGAACCGAACCUCGCGUCUGCAGCUGAGGCUCAGCGUGGCCGACGACGCACUGGACCGACGACGGCUGCGAGUCACGUGGCGGCGAAAGCACAAGAUACGUGGCCAGAACCUGUUCGCUGUUGAAGAGAUCACUGAAGGCUCCAACCGUGACCGCUUCCUGAACAAGAUACAGGCACUGGUGUACGUGCGGCGCGGUGGCACCGACUACGACCCCAACUCCUCGGGGCUCGGAGAGGUGCUGUACGGCCAGCUCACCUACGUCAUUGACUCACCGCCCACCGUGGUGAAACCGGUUGACGGAUCCCAGGACACGGCUCUUGCACUGGAGGACCACGUGUCGCUCCCGCCCGAUGGCGCCAUGAUCGAAUGGAAGCGCAGACUUUCCCGCGUUCACUUCUCGGCGCUGCCGUCGAAUGUGCGGCUGCUGGCUGGUGGUCGUCUAGCCCUGGUGUCGUUGGCCGGAGCUGCGCCAGGCCGCCAGGCCAGCGCUGCGUCACCGCUCAGCCUGUCCUGCGCCGUUUUCGCCAGGGACGGCCGCUUCUACGGCAUGCGCCAUUUUCUGGUGGCCUCUUCCGGUGAACAGCAAGUUCAAGCCCUGGCGAGCAUGCGAACAUCCACGUCGACUACAGAGGGAGACACGGUGAUCCACCUGUCGGUCAAGCUGGAUUCGCAGCCCGCUCCCGGCGGCGGCGACUCGGGCGAUGAGUACACCGUGGUGCAGACCAACGUCAGCGUCAGCAACGGGCAAGCGGCGCCGGUCGUGCUCGAUGACCGGGUGGGAGGGAGCGACCAGGCACCGGCGGCUGUUCAACCUCCGCGCAUGGGGUACGAGCCGGUAGCAAACCCAACGUCGACGCCGCCCGGCUUCACAAACAACGUCUGCUUCCGACUAAUCCGUGGCGAGAAUGGCGUUCCCAUUGUCGCGCCUUGCGAAUCUGCGGCGUCAGCUACCAGCCCGCCCAAAACGUCGACGGCAGAGACACGCCGCCGGGAACCGCACCCACGCUGGCGUCACCACCGCCCACGUGGCGGCAACUACCCGAGCCACCGUUCGCGUGGUACCGACCAACACGGCAAGCGGUCUCCUGCUCCUAGUGAAGAAGAGCUGCUGCGCGCCGACGUCGAUGGCCUGCAGCCGUGCCGGGCUGACGAAGAAUGCAGUCGGCACGCGUCCUGCAUCGUGCCGCUGGGAACGUCCAAGGGACGCUGCGUCUGCGACCGCGGAUACCUGGGAAACGGUCUGUUUUGCUGGGAGGGCUUCUAUCUGCGAUAGCCUCGGCGAUAACUUGCAACUUUUCAUGGGAAAGUGAAUAAAUAGACGACUGACAAAAUCCGAUUGUGCGCAUGGCAAUGUGUGAG